AUGGUGGGACUAGAGCAGACGAUGUCCUCCAGUCCGAAUCGCGGAUCCAAAACACCCGGCGCCAAUAGUCGACCUAGUAGCAAGGAUGGCAAGAAGAACAUUUGGUCUUCUUUGCUAGACGGCGCCGCCAAUGGGAAGCGCUUGCCGGAGAAGAACUUAUUGAUUCUAGGCGGUACCCCAGAAAGCCAGAGAGAGUUUCUAGAGACGCUUUCUGCAAACACCGAGGCCGAUCCUAGCUUAGUGCAUGACCGGCGGAAGGGGAAGACACCCCCAAUCGCUAAUCAAUUCGCCCUUGGAUACACCUACCAAGAUGUGCUUGAUGCCGACCAGGAAGAUACCCUGGCACGCGUCUCAGCCUAUCUUCUAUCCGAGCCGUCACCGUCUUUCGCGCCUCUCCUUAAACCACUUUUAACUCCCCAAUCAGUACCGGAAACUCUCGCUGUCAUUCUUUUGGAUUGGUCUGAUCCAUGGCUAUGGAUUCGACAAUUACGAGAAUGGGUUCGUUUGUUGCGCUCUGUCCUUGUGUCUUUGGAUGACGAUACCAAGAUCGUGAUGGAGGAAACCAUGACCGAUUGGCGUGACCGCAAAAGAGGCGUUGAUGGAAACUCGGCAGCCGCUGGUAGCUUUUCAAACUCGGGCGGUCCGGUCACAAUCCCCCUUGGACCUGGCGAAUGGGACGAAGGCCUGGGAAUCCCAAUGUGUGUGGUCUGCCAGGGAGCGGAUAAAAUCGAAAAGCUAGAGAAAGACCACGGCUGGCAUGAAGAGCAAUUCGACUUCAUUCUCCAAUUCUUGAGAACCAUUCUACUGAAGCGUGAGUACCCUUCUUCCUACCUCUCUUCAAAGUUUAAUCCACUCCUCCUGGGAAUUCACUCUCUUUUGAAACGACAGUCAUUAAAACACAAUGUGAUUGACCGAGACAAGAUCAUUGUCCCCGCGAACUGGGAUUCGUGGGGCAAGAUUCGCAUCAUUCGCGAAGGUUUUGAUAUGGAAGGGGUCUCGACAGCUUGGUCAAUCGAGAUCCAAGACCCUCCCGAGCCCCUAUCCAAAGCCAGAAACGCCGCUAGCGAGAGCGAAAACAGCAAUCCAGCCGAGGACGGCACCAGCGCUGUCACAGUCUUCGAACAGACGAUCAAAGAUCCCAAGAUCGCCAGAUCCAUCAUACCUCCAGGCACUGGGCAAGGUAAUGAGAUCGACAUUGAAACUCCUGAUAUGCAAGAAUUCCUUUCCCAGCAGAAAGAAAAGCUUGAACAGCUCAAAGCAGAAGAUGCUAAGGACCGAUCAACCCAGCAAGUUCCUCAACUAGAAAUGUCACCUAUGGAUGACCAAGGCAGAGUCAACGAGCACAUUGGCCCUGUCCAAUUCAAUAUGGGUGGAAUUCAAGUUGAUGCCGAUGACAUGCUGAAGAAGCUCCGGCCAAUCGCUCCCAGCCGCGUGAGCGAAAAAGACACGGGUGUCUCAGCAACACCGGGCGACGAGAAAGCGCACAACCAAGCGCUGGCCAGCUUCUUCGCCGGCCUUGUUAAAAAGCCCGGCAGCAGCCCUCGCGGUAGCCCUUCUUCCUAA